CAUCUCAGGUCAACAUUUCACCUGCGCGACACGGUGUUUGGCAACGCGAAACUACAACACAGAAACCAGGGAGCGGUUCCGAAGAACAACAAUGGCGCGUAAUUACGCACGUAACUGAAGGAAUCUAUCAACGUGUGGUCUCUGUCUCCAGGGGAGCUUUUGACAUCUAUGCCCGUCAACUACUCCGGGCUCUGGCGCUCCAAAGUUUCACCUUCCACCUGUAAAAGCCGGUCUGCUGUUGGCCCCGGACAGAAUGGGCUGCUCCACUAGCUCCCAAACCUCAGCUGUGGAUACAACCAGACCCAGAACCAAACCAGAGGAGAGCAACGGAGCCAGUACCACAGGUGCUGCCAGCGAGAAUGGUAAAGUAGCGGAGGACAGUGAAACACUUCCAGAUCAGACCCCAGCUGAGGGUGAUGGUGCAAAACCAGCAGAUGGCGAAGCCCCAGCAGCUCCUCAAGCAAGUGAUGAGGCUGCAGCCGUUCCUCCAACAGAGGCUGCGCCACCUGCAGAAGCAACACCAGAUCCAGCGCCACCUGCAGAAGCAACACCAGAUCUAGCGCCACCUGCAGAAGCAACACCAGAUCUAGCGCCAUCUACGGGCACAACACCACCUGCAGAAACACCUACUGAAGCUCCAGCAGCAGGUUCCUCAGAGAGCCCUGCUCCACAAGCAGAAGGUUCCGGAGCCCCGGCAGCAACUGAACCCUCCUCACAGGAAGCACCAGCCACAAAUGAAUGAUCACAGGCCGGACAUUCGGAAUCAUCACCUUGUUGUUGCCAAGAUGCAGAACCCAAAACCUGGAAUGCUUCCUGUCCUGGUUCUUCAGUCACCACUGUGCCCAUCCUCUACUGCAGUGGCUGUGAUUUGGUUUCCUUUUGAGUCCCGCUGCUGACCAAUGCAUUAUGAAGCGAAAGACGCUAAUCGAACAUUCAACAAUGUUGCUGGCACAAGUCGUCGUCCCUUUUUAACAAAGCCAAUAUUUGUAAAUCCUGUAAUGUGUA